GCCUCCCUGCGCCCGCUCUGCUCUCUCCCUCUCGCUUUCGCCGAAACCUGAGCUCCUAAAAAGCGAAGCCCCAAUCCCUCGAUCGAAACCCCUCCCUCUCUUCCACAAAACCCUACCUUUCUGCGCGACGCCCGACCCGUGUUUUCCCCCAGUCGCGUCUCGUUGGCUCAGAUCUCGCUCCAUUUGUGCUCUCGCUGCCGACCGCUGUUGCCUCAGCCUCAUUGUACCUUAGAUUGACCCCCAUUUGAGCUCCUAACGUCGGAUCUAGGCCGCCUCGGGCCAUGGCGAGAGCGUGUUUCUUGAUCUCUUUGGUCGUCGCGAGCUGCUUGGUGUGGAAAGCCCACUCGUUCGCGCUCUCCGCGAAACUCGUCCACAGGUUCUCUGAUGAGGCGCGGGCCGCGGCGGCGUCCCGCAUCGGCGGAGGAGGCGGGGAGCGGUGGCCGACGCGGCGAAGCAAGGAGUACUACCAGAUGCUGGCGAGGAGCGAUCUCCUGCGGCGGAAGCGGCGGCUUGGUGCCCGGUACCAGAUGUUGUUCCCCUCCGAGGGGAGCGAGAUGUUGUCGCUUGGAAAUGACUUCGGAUGGUUACACUACACAUGGAUCAAUAUAGGAACUCCUAAUGUUUCCUUUCUUGUCGCUUUGGAUGCUGGAAGUGACCUGCUUUGGAUCCCAUGUGAUUGCAUACAAUGUGCUCCUUUGUCUGGUUAUCAUGGCAGUUUGGAUAAAAAUCUCAGCAUGUAUAGUCCGGCUGAAUCGAGAACCAGCAGAUAUCUCUCAUGCAAUCAUGAACUAUGUAGUUUGGGUUCAACCUGUGGCAGUGCAAAACAGCCUUGCCCUUACAGGAUAAACUACUAUUCAGAAAAUACAUCCAGUUCAGGUUUGUUGGUUGAGGAUAUAUUACACUUGGCAACUAGUGAGGAUCAUGCAUCAGUGCAGGCUUCGGUCAUCAUAGGAUGUGGUAGAAAGCAGAGUGGUGAUUAUUUGGAUGGAAUUGCUCCUGAUGGUCUUCUGGGUUUGGGAUUUGGAGACAUUUCGGUUCCAAGCUCCCUUGCAAGAACUGGACUGGUACGAAACUCUUUUUCCUUGUGCUUCCGGGAUGAUGACUCUGGAAGAAUUCUAUUUGGAGAUCGAGGCUUGCCCACCCAACAGUCUACACCAUUUGUUCCCUUGGAUGGAAAAUACGACACUUACGUCAUUGCGGUGGAGAGUUUCUGUAUGGGAUCUUCAUGUCCUGGGAAAACCAGCUUUCAUGCACUAAUUGACAGUGGAUCAUCCUUCACCUUUCUUCCUAACGACAUCUAUAAGAGAGUCACUCUGGAGUUCGACAGACAAGUUAAUGUCUCAAAGCGUGCCACUAAUAAUGAAUCUCCUUGGGAAUACUGUUAUGAAGCCAGCCCUCUUGGGAUGCCUGGUCUGCCAAAAGUAAAACUAAUAUUUGGUGGAAACAAGAGCUUCAUGGUUAUCAAUCCUAUUUAUCCUUUCUAUAAUACAGAGGGAGAACUUGCUGUGUUUUGCUUAGCUCUGCAGUCAUCUCAAGAAAGUCUUGGCACCAUAGGACAGAAUUUUAUGACGGGAUAUCAUUUGGUAUUUGAUAGAGAGAACUUGAAGCUGCGAUGGUCACGAUCUGAUUGUCAUCAUGAUCUUGACAACAGCAGGAGGAUGCCAUUGGGUUCACCACCAUGUAACAGGCCUGAGAAUCCUUUGCCGACGAACGAACAACAUAGCUUUCCUAACAAUGCCCGUGCCAUUUCUCCUGCGGUUGCCGGGCGGGCUCUCCCUGCUAACUCAUCGUCUGUUUCCCAAGGGUUGAAUGCCUGGUACUGUCUGUUGUUGCUACUGACUCAACUCGCUGUAUUUGCCAUCGGGUGAUAGUCUUGGAUCUAAAAUACAUAAAUAGUGUUGUAAAUCUCGGUUCAUGGCUUUCCGUUAUCCAAUGUGUUUUUGUGGUCA